CGAUUCAUAGUGACAAAAUUCAUACUUUCAUUUGAGAUUGAGUAGCUAAAUAUUUUUAAAUUACAAAAAAUAUAUAAAUAUUGUAGUGAAUUGUUCAGAUUUCAUUUACAUUAUGGACAAGCAAACCUUUGAGGAUCUAAAAGCCUUUGAGCGUCGCUUGGGAGAAAUCGUCUCAAGCCGGAGACAGACUGCGCAGUACUGGCGUCCUAUCGUCCUCGGUGAAAUUGUCUGCAGCGUAAUUUGUGCACUCUUCUUGUUGGAUAACCCACACAAUAUUAGUUAUCUAUCAAUGAUGCUCCUGUUGGCUCUGCUGGUGCCUAUUUUUUAUGGCAUCAAGCUCCUGGAAAAGAAGAUAAUUCUAGGACGCUAUCGCAUGGUGUUGAACGAAUAUGCCUUGGACGUGAGCGAAGAUGGCAAACUUAUUAUCCAAAAUAAUCGCAUAUAGACAUAUUC